GAUGAAAAAGUCGUCCGCUCCGGAGGAUGCCGAAAACCGGAGACUCAGCGGGGAGGGUGUGACUUCCCCUGGGAGUCCUGUUCGUGGGGAAAGGGCCCGCGGAGGGAUGGCAUCACAACGCUUCUAUGACUUUCUCCCGGUUGUUGACAUGCAUGGAAUAUCGAAUCUGCUGAGGAGUAACCAUUUUGUCAGAAAGGCGAUUUGGAUCGCGUUCCUCAUUGGACUAACCGCUGUAUGUGCUUGGCAGCUGUCGGGUGUGAUUCAGACAUUUAUAGACGCACCAACGGCAACAAAUUUUGAAUAUGUCUUCGAACGCAGACUCGACUUCCCGGCAGUAACCAUGUGCAAUGUCAACCCAUUCAGACGAUCCAAAAUAUCGAAAAUAAACAGUGAUGAUUUCAAGGAAUUUUAUAACAGAACAUCUCAGGGGAGAAAAGGUGCUGGCGUCAGGAAGAAGAAUAGCGCAAACUCCGGCUCAUCAGGAAACUCUCCUUCACCUUCAGGCAGUUCUGGCGGCACAGACAACUUCACUUGGGAUGACAUUGAUUACGAUAGCAGCAGGGAGGAUUUUGACAACAGCCAAGAGUUCUAUGCGAAAUACAUGAGCCUAGAGGGUGACGAUCAAACGACUAUUGGGUAUUCCCUCAAUGAUAUGAUGAUCGACUGCUCGUGGGCAGGCAAGUCGUGCUCGCCAAUCAAUUUUACCCGAUCAACCAAUCCACGAUUUGGAAACUGUUUUUCGUUCAACGUAAAAAAUGCUUAUGAUGAAGCAGUUAAAAAAACGUCUUCGCCCGGUCCUCUCCAUGGUUUGUCGGUCAUGCUCUACAUUGACCAAGGAGAUUACUUUCAUGAAGUGGCCGACUCUGCCGGAAUCAAGGUGAUCGUGCACAACCAAGAUGUGAUGCCCUUCCCACAAGACCAUGGCCUACUGGUUGCUCCCGGCUUUCAAACGCAGAUUGGAAUACGUAAGGUAUCUAUAGAGAGGAUGAGCUCUCCUCAUGGCGCUUGCGAAAACCUUACCACCGCUGAAGCUUUAGCGAGGGACGCUCACGUGGAGAUGCUGUACGGAGUUAAAUACACAAGCCAGGGCUGUGAAAAGACAUGUUUGCAGAAGGCCAUCGUGGAGACGUGCGGUUGUAAAUACGCAAUGUACGCGUUCACGGGAGGAGCCUUUAAUAACACUAACGUUCCAACGGCGCCAUUUUGUACCUUAACCAAUACAGAAUCACAAACGUGUAUUGAAAAUGUAGAAAGACUGUUUUAUAUGGAUCAGCUUACCUGUGACCCACCGUGCCCGAUCAUAUGCAGCGAAAACCUUUUCCCAACCACGAGCACAUCUUCAGGAUGGCCAGCAUUAGCCAAGGAGGAAGAUAUCAAGAUGAUGAUUGCCGAGGUGAACCCAAAGCUUGGUCAGAUAAUAAUGAAGAUGUCGGACAUGGAAGCAAGAGAAUUCUUACACUACAACUUUUUGAAAUUAAACGUUUUCUACCAAGAUAUGAUGUUCCAAAGAAUAGUCACCGAAGAGGGUUAUUCCUGGCAGGAGAUGGUGUCCGACAUCGGUGGGACCGUGGAACUCUACGUUGGCGCAUCCAUCGUCACGUUCUUUCAGCUGAUUGAGAUAGUUAUUGACCUCGCACUCAUUGGAAUACGGGGCAAGUUAACGGGAUGACGAAUGAAGAAGGAAGAUACUUUCUUAAAAGAGACACUGGGUCGAUUAUUUUUAUUAUAUGAUGUAACGUCAGACUCAAUGGCGCAACAGAGAACCGAUCGCUUCACGCGUCCAUUUUCUGGAGCUGUGUCAACAAAAUGGCUGAUCAGCCGGGAAUUAAGUAUCUUACAUGUGCAUUGAAUGUAUCAUUUUCAGUAUCUUUAUUUCUAUAUACGACGGUCAUAAUAAAGUAAGGCGCAAUGAUAAAUAUUUUUAACCCUGUACUGUAAUUUUUUAAAUGUUUGUAUACAUGUAUAUUAUUGUGGCAAUAAACUGAGUAACCAAAUGA